GGGACCGGAAGUAGCGCACGUCUCCCGGUUGCUAAGAGACGUGGCUUCCACAAACUAGACAGAGGGUUUCUGGCUUCUUUUCCUCCCUUGGUCCGCUUCGGCAUCUGCGAAUUCCGUCAUCAUGUCGGACCCAGAAAAUGAGGGCUUGCGAAGCACCUUUUCCUCUUACAUGGCAGAGGGCGAGAGGCUCUAUCUCUGCGGGGAGUUCUCCAAAGCCGCCCAUAGCUUCAGCAACGCUCUUCACCUUCAGAAUGGGGAUAAGAACUGCCUGGUGGCCCGCUCCAAGUGCUUCCUGAAGAUGGGAGAGUUGGAGAAAUCCCUGAAAGAUGCUGAAGCUUCACUCCAGUGUGACCCGACUUUCUGCAAGGGGAUUUUACAAAAGGCCGAGACCCUGUACACCAUGGGAGACUUUGAGUUUGCCUUGGUGUUCUAUCAUCGAGGCUAUAAGCUGCGGCCUGAUCGGGAAUUCAAAGUUGGAAUUCAGAAAGCCCAGGAAGCUAUCAACAACUCAGUGGGAAGUCCUUCUUCGAUUAAGCUGGAGAACAAAGGGGACCUCUCCUUCUUAAGCAAGCAAGCUGAGAAUAUGAAAGCCCUGCAGAAGCUUCAUCCUGUGAGACAGCUUUUACACCACCCCAAGAGAGAGUCCAAGCGGAAAGGCUCAUUCAAGAGUGAGAAGACUGUCCGCCAGCUCCUGGGAGAGCUCUACGUGGACAAGGAGUAUCUGGAGAAGCUCCUAUUGGACGAAGACCUGACUAAAGGCACCAUCAAGUAUGGUCUGACUGUGGAGGACCUCAUCAUGACGGGGAUCAACUACCUGGAUACCCGCAGUAACUUCUGGAGGCAGCAGAAGCCCAUCUAUGCCAGGGAGCGUGACCGGAAGCUAAUGCAAGAGAAAUGGCUGCGGGACCGCAAACGCCGUCCCUCGCAGACAGCCCGUUACAUCCUCAAGAGCCUAGAGGACAUUGACAUGUUGCUGACCAGCGGCAGUGCUGAAGGGAGUCUUCAGAAAGCUGAGAAAGUGCUGAAGAAGGUGCUGGAAUGGAACAAAGAUGAGGUGCCCAACAAGGACGAACUGGUUGGAAACCUGUACAGCUGCAUAGGGAACGCCCAGAUUGAGCUGGGGCAGAUGGUAGCAGCACUGCAGAGCCACAGAAAGGACCUCGAGAUUGCCAAGGAAUAUGACCUUCCUGAUGCCAAGUCGAGAGCCCUUGACAACAUUGGCAGAGUUUUUGCUAGAGUUGGGAAAUUCCAGCAAGCCAUUGACACGUGGGAGGAAAAGAUCCCUCUGGCAAAAACCACCUUGGAGAAGACCUGGCUGUUCCAUGAGAUCGGUCGCUGCUACUUGGAGCUGGACCAGGCCUGGCAGGCUCAGAAUUACGGAGAGAAGUCCCAGCAGUGCGCAGAAGAAGAAGGGGACAUUGAGUGGCAGCUGAAUGCCAGUGUUCUGGUGGCACAGGCGCAAGUGAAGCUGAGAGACUUCGAGUCGGCUGUGAACAACUUUGAGAAGGCCCUGGAGAGGGCGAAGCUUGUCCACAACAACGAGGCACAGCAGGCCAUCAUCAGUGCUUUGGACGAUGCCAACAAGGGCAUCAUUGGUGAGCUGAAGAAAACGAACUACAGGGACUUGAUCAAAGUAAAGAAAGAGAAAGAAGAGGCUGCUGCAUUGGAUAAUACAGCUGUGAUGGCAAGGGAGACCAUGAGAAGAGGGAGAGACGGACCUGAGAAGGUGAUGAAGCAUUGGGAAAGAAGGCAAACUGAGAGUGAGAAAGAUACAGAAGACGAGUUGUCUAAUGAAGCUCUGACGAUCAUAGAGAGUGGACAAGAAGAGAGGCAGAGAGAAGUCAUAGAAAAAGUCAGCUCCUUAAGGAAAAGAGAACUGGGAGCCACGGGGAAAGAUUCAGAUGUUCACAAGAAACUGUCUGGAGAAUUAGGCAUAAGAUCGGGAGAAGCAGGAAGGAAACUACCAGAAGUGAGCAGAAGGGAAUCAAGAGAAAUUUACAGGAGGCCUUCAGAACUGGACCAAAAACUCUUAGAAGAUUUAGAUGAAAGAGAAUCAGAGGGACUAAAGGAGAGACUUACAGAAGCAGGCAGAAGAGAGUCGGAAGAACUGGGGAAAACAGAAUUGGGAGAAAUAGGAGAAAUGAAAACAGAAAAUGCUGAAAAAACUGAAAAAGGUGAAAAAGAAGAUGAAUGAAGCCACUGUGAGUAGCUUAGCUAUUAGGAUCGGGACACUGGUGUUCACAGGGACCCUGGGGAUUUUAGUAAACUAGACUUUCAAGUUGAGAUUUUUUAACAGGAAAAAAUGUGGCCGGGGCUCCACAGGUCAUCUCUGCCUCUUUCUGUUACUGUUCUCCCUUUAAAUAUAUGUAUC